GAAUCACGAACACAACGUUUGACCACACACUAAAACACGUCUCUUGAACUAUGAAUGUGUAUGUAUAUAUAUAAACACAACAUAGAAAACUAGAGACAGUCACAAACGCCUUAAAAAUUAAUCAACACUUUUGGUUAUAUACAGAAAAAAAAAGAAGUCAUUUAUUUCGUCUUAGAAUCAUCAAAGCUUGCUUGAAUGGACGGAACAUCGUGGGCUGACCAAUGGGACAAUAGUGCGAAAGGAGGCCGUAUAGGAGGCGGGGCCAUCGUCAGUAGCGGCGGAGGUGGAACGAAGUCGUCGAACUCCAACACGGCUAAGUACAAGGAGAAGAUGGGACAAGGGUUGGAGAAGACGAAAGCUGUUGCUUCUUCUGGUUUCAAGAAGCUCAAGACUGGUUCUGCUAUUGGUUUUCGUUGGGUCAAGGACAAGUAUCACAAAACCACAAACAAACACUAAAAACAUUUUCAAACUCCUUGUAGGAUGUAUAAUGAUUAUGUAGUGUGAAUCUUUAUGUCUGAUGUUGUACACUGGUCGAUUUGUAUGAGUUUUCGAAGAUUUGUAUUCAUGUGAUUAAAUUAAAUUGAUUUUU